AUGGCCGAGUACCUGGCAUCCAUUUUUGGUACCGAGAAGGAUAAGGUCAACUGUUCAUUUUAUUUUAAAAUCGGCGCCUGCCGUCAUGGUGAUCGCUGUUCAAGAAUACACAAUAAGCCUACUUUCAGUCAGACUGUACUAUUGCAAAAUCUUUAUGUAAACCCACAAAAUUCUGCGAAGUCUGCCGAUGGAUCACACUUGGUUUCAAAUGUAACUGAUGAAGAAAUGCAAGAACAUUAUGAUAAUUUCUUUGAAGAUGUUUUCGUAGAAUGUGAAGACAAGUAUGGUGAAAUUGAAGAAAUGAAUGUUUGUGACAACUUAGGAGAUCAUCUUGUUGGCAAUGUUUAUAUCAAGUUUCGUCGAGAAGAACAUGCAGAAGCAGCUGUUAACGAUUUAAAUAACCGAUGGUUUGGUGGACGUCCAGUUUAUGCUGAAUUAAGUCCUGUAACAGAUUUCCGAGAGGCCUGUUGCCGUCAGUAUGAAAUGGGAGAGUGUACUCGUAGUGGAUUUUGCAAUUUCAUGCACUUGAAGCCAAUAUCACGAGAAUUACGUAAAUAUCUUUAUAGUCGUCGUUCACGCAGACAUCGUUCACGUAGUCGCUCACGUGAUCAUGUUGGAACACGUAGAACCAGAUCACCUUCUCCUAGACAUGGCCAUCAUCGUGGUGGUGGUGGUGGUGGCGGUGGUGGUGGCGGCGGCGGUGGUGGUGGCGGUGGUGGAGGAGGAGGAGGAGGACGUAGAGAUCGUAAUAGAUAUUAA